CGCACACCAGGCUCAUCCUCGUCGGAUGGUUCUCCAGUGCAUGCAUGCGUGUUUGCAUCUCUGGCUCUUUUGCUGUCUCGCGCCCUCAAUCUGUGACCGCAUCUCGUAGGCCCUCGGCUGUGAAAAGUUACUGGAGGGCUCCUCCCCCCCUCUCUUUUCGGCGCCUCUUGGCAACCUAAACAGCUGCGAUGCCGAAUAUGUUGGACACGUUCUUCACUUCGAAUUGACGGUCCGAAGUACCGGUUCCAUCACCUCUUGUUCCGCGGCAGCAACACCAAGAGAAGCUGGCAUCCAUUCCCCUCGCACCGACUGUCAACUAACAGCAGCGGCAGAAGCAGCAACCACGAGAGAGGCUGAUGUUGAAACGGCAUCGCCCGCAAUCACAGGCAGCGACCCGGCCCAGCCACCCUCCCGGACCAGAUAUCCCAGUUACCGCCGAGGGCCCCUCAACCCGGCGGACUGGACCACGUUGACCAAGACUGGGAAUAAGGACCCUCACUUCCCCAUUUCUUAAACAUCGUUGCAUCUCGUUCCCCAUCUCUUGGCCAUUCAGCCACACUUUCAAGAGUCUUGGUAUUCGGGCUGUUCCACAAAUCUUCACCGUCCCGUCCCCUAUCCCGGCAAUACCGGUCCUGUGUACCCGCUUGGGGAUACUUCUCCACGACUAUUUACCCUCUCUGAAUUUCCGCAUUCUACGAACAGUCGCGGCUUGUGUUUGUUUGCCUCGCUCAGCGAACGUGUCGUUUUCUCCAUUUAGACGUCCCGACCCGCCGUCAUGUCGGCCCCCAGAUCCCCGUACCGCCAGACCUAUCGUCAGUCGACCGGUUCACGGCGGCGAGAACCAACCCACCCCAUCGUCCCGCCCGAGAAGACACGCACUUCGGGCUACUCGGCCCGCGGGGAGCUACCAGUCCACAACGCCCGCCAUCACCGAGCCCCGCCGCCGGGAAGCAAGAUCAAAGUCAGGCCUUCUGGCGAAAGCGGCCGCAGAGGCUUCCAUCCCCUCAAGUUCCUAAAAAUAAUCUGGAAAUCCUCGAGUUGGGCGUCGCUUCUUUGCAACGUCUUCUGGCCUGUCGUCCCCGCCGCCUUUGUCAUUCGAUACACCCGCCCCAGCGACCAUGUCCUAAUCUUCGUUCUCACUUACAUGGCCAUGAUUCCCUGUGCCAACCUGGUCGGUUUCGCGGGUCAGGAGCUGUCCCGCAAGGUCAGCCACGUGUUUGGCGUGUUGAUCGAGACGACCUUCGGAUCCAUCGUCGAAAUCAUCCUCUUCAUGGUGCUUCUAGCAGGCGACCAGUUCACCGUCAUCAAAGCCGCCAUUCUGGGCUCGAUAUUGGCGACGAUGCUGCUGUGCCUGGGGAUGUGCUUUAUUGCUGGCGGCUUGCGACGAGAUGAGGCCGAGUUCAGUGAAACGGUCAGUGAGGCCGGCAGCGGCCUGCUGCUCACGGCAGGUGUCGCCUUGGCCAUCCCCGCCAUCUUCAGCUACUCCAUGGCCAAGUCGCUCACGGUCGAGGAGCUCGACAGCAAGACGCUCCACAUCUCGCGCAUCGUCUCCGUCCUGCUCAUGAUAGCCUACGGCGUCUUCGUGUGGUUCCAGGCACGGACGCAUCACGGCAUCUAUGAUGCCAUCUUCGAGCACGACGAGCAGCGCGACCACGAUAAGCGCAAAGAUAUCAACAAGCCUAAGCUGACGCUGACCGAGUGCAUCAUCGCCCUCGUCAUCUCUAUCCCGCUCGUAACCUUCAUGGCCAUCUACCUCGUCGAGCAGAUCCACCCCAUCGUCCUGAGGCACGGCAUCUCGGACCACUUCAUGGGCCUCAUCCUCGUGCCCCUCGUCGAGAAGGCUGCUGAGCACCUGACGGCCGUCGACGAGGCGUGGGACAACCAGAUGAAUUUCGCUCUCUCCCACGUCCUGGGCGCCACGCUGCAGACGGCCCUGCUCAACGGCCCGCUCGUUGUCCUCGUCGCCUGGGGCCUACACAAGCACAUGGACAUGGUCUUUGAGGUCUUUGACAUCAGCAUGCUCAUCCUGUCCAUACUGACGGUUGGGAACUUCCUGCGCGACCAGAAGAGCAAUUAUCUGGAGGGCUUCCUCUGCGUCAUCGUCUACCUCGCCAUUGCAGUUGCGGCCUUUUACUACCCCAACCCGCCAGGUCUCGGUGCGCACUGAGCGGUUGCGGGCUGAGGCGUGAGAGAAGAAUGAAGGGCGGAGAGCGCGCCUACGACAGUUAUGACGAUGAAAUGUGGGCAUACAUACAUACAUAGCCUUUUACCUCAUUUUCUUGUUCUUUUUUCUUUCCCCAAAAAAGUAAAUCUGUUUCCAUCCCACCCUCCCUUUCUCUCAAGGGGUUCCGGUGCGACUGAUGGAUACAAAAAAAUUGUACAAAUGGCGGGGAGGUGGCGGCCAGCCCAUACCUAUUACCGUGACGUGAUUCCAGUCCCUCGAUGAGGUAUUCAGCCAGGGCCCGUGUACGAUCGUUUUGCAUCUAUAUUGUAUGUACAGAGUACAGAGUAGGAUGAAUCUUUCUCUGGCUCAACGGAGAGAGAUAAGGCGCACGGGAGAGAGACACUGAGCAAGCCUUAACGUAAAAGCGUCAUGAUCAUAUUUGUAUUUCGAAACACCACACUACUGUGCUAUC